UAAUGGAUCUUCAAUUCUCUUUGUUUUCUCUAUUUCUUUCAUUCCUCUUUAUCUUGAUGGUAAUGUCAUUGUUGAAGAUCAUCAAAACAUCAAGAAUCACCAAAAAUUUGCCACCAGGUCCAUUGAAAAUACCCAUAAUAGGAAACAUUCAUAACCUACUCGGUUCUCUACCUCACCGUCGCCUCCAUGCCCUAGCCCAGGAAUUCGGACCGAUCAUGCAUCUUCAACUCGGUGAAGUCACCACCAUUAUCGUUUCUUCUCCGAAAAUCGCCAAAGAAAUCCUGAAAACCCAUGACAGCAUUUUUUCCAGCCGAUCCUUUAACGUCGCGGGACGUAUCAUCUCUUAUAAUUCUUCUGACAUUGCUUUUGCGCCAUACGGCGAGUCAUGGAGACAGAUGAGGAAGGUCUGCACUAUUGAAGUGCUCAGUGCUAAACGCGUGCAAUCAUUCAGACCGAUAAGAGAAGAUGAGAUUAUGAAUGUUAUGAGAUCAAUUUCUUGCAGCGUAGCCGAAGGAUCAGAGGUUAACCUCAGUAAGCUGUUGUUUGGUUACGCGUAUAAGGUUAUCUCCAGGGCAGCUUUUGGUAAGAUGAGAAAAGAAGAAGAAGCAUUUAUUCCAUAUGUUAAGGGUACAAUUGAAGUUAUUUCAAGUUUUAGUGUUGCUAAUUUGUUUCCUUCUAUUAAAUUUUUGCAUCAUAUUGGUGGCAUGAGAGCUAGAAUAGAAAGGCUGCAUCAGGAAUCUGAUAAGAUACUUGAAAGUAUCAUUAACGAUCAUAAAUUAAAACGAAAAGGUUUGCGAAAAAAUAUUAAUGAUUAUGAAGAAGGUGAUGAUCUUGUAGAUGUUCUUUUGAAUAUUCAGGAGAAAGAAGAUCUUGACUUCACUUUAACAACAGAAAAUAUCAAGGGAGUGAUCUUGGAUAUGUUCGUCGGCGGAAGUGAAACUUCAUCGACAACUGCAGAAUGGGCAUUGUCGGAAAUGAUGAGAAAUCCAAGAGUGAUGAGAAAGGCACAAGAGGAGGCAAGAAAAGUAUUCGGCGAAAAAAAAUAUAUAGAUGAAGCAGAUUUUGGAGAAUUAAAAUAUCUAAAAUUAGUAAUCAAAGAAACUUUAAGACUACACCCUCCAAGUCCAUUAGCGCUAUCAAGAGAAUCUCAAGGAGAAUGUGAGAUUGAUGGAUUUUGUAUACCAAACAAGUCUAAAGUUGUUAUUAAUGCAUGGGCUAUUGGAAGAGACCCUAGUUAUUGGAGUGAAGCUGAAAGUUUUAUUCCUGAAAGAUUUUUAGAUUGCAAAAUUGAAUAUAAAGGGACUAAUUUUGAGUUUUUACCAUUUGGUGGUGGAAGAAGAAUAUGUCCUGGCAUGGCAUUUGGAAUUGCUAAUGUAGAGCUUCCACUUGCCAAUUUACUAUACUAUUUUAAUUGGAAACUCCCUGAUAAAAUGAAGGCAAAUGAGUUGGACAUGGCUGAGGCUGUUGGACCUUCAGUUAGAAGGAAAAAUGAUUUGAGUUUAAUUCCUACUGUAUAUCAUCCUCUGCCUGGUAUGCUAUAAAAAUCUCAAGAAAAGAUAAUUGUUCAAAGAAAUAAUGCGAUCAUAAAAAUAAAACUAUUUGUGCUUAAUUCAUAA